AUGUCAGCGCCGGACUAUCGCUACCUCCAAGCAUGGGCUCGUCCUUCUGCGUCCAAGUCGUCUACUUCUGCAAGCAGCUCACGGCGCCCGUACGAAAGCGGCACCUCGUACGAAGUUGUGCUGCCAACAAGCGAGGGAGACACCUCUACACAAGCGGCUCAGACGCUGGACAAGGAUACGCAGCAGCAAUCUGCUUACCAGGUCAGGCUUGAUGUGCCAGGCGGUAUCUCCUAUGCGCCCGAUGCGCUUGCUCAGCACAACUCGGUCAAGCGACUCUUCAUCCCAGCAAAGAUGCACGAUCGCAGCGCUCAGGAGUACGACUUUGCGCGCGAGAUCGAGGCGAAGCGGAAAGCUUCAGCAUCCAAACAGGAGCCAGAGUUAGACGAUCAAGGCCGAACACAAGCACAAGCGUACAAGGACAGCGUCGAGCAACAGAAUCCGAAUGCAGAGGCGACCGCUCCGAUCCAGGGAGAUGUUGCAGCGCCUUUCGAGAUCCCUGACGGAUCGAUUGCAGCGCCAGCGGACAACACGCAAGCAAAGGACAGCGACGCGGCUUCCAUUGCGACCAACGCUACAGCUGCGUCGGCGCAGUCCAAGAUCACAACGUAUACGCUGGUUGCUGGACGCACGCAGACGCUGCCAAAGAAUGUGACUGCCAACGCAGUCGCAGCUCCGUUUCGCCCGCCUCCUUCCAUCCUUGGCGACGCGGGUAGCGCACAGACACCAUGGACUGCGUCCAGCACCUGGACAUCUCAUCGAGCGCUCGACCGCAUCACUGACAAGGAAAAGAAGGCGGGCAUCACCCAAUUCGAGGAGGCCAGCGAGGGAAGAGUGCCUUCAGCCUACGAAGCCAGUUUGUUCCCUGCGUCCUCCGCCUCGGACGCUGCGACGGUCAGAACGGCUCGAAUGGGCGAGCUGCUCGCCGAGGAUCUGUUCGUGCCUGAUCCCCGGCCAUGGCGACCGCUCCGAUACGUGCGUAAGAUCGAUCCACGCCAGAUGCUGAUCCUAUGCGCAGGGGCCGCCUUGACGCCUGGGCAGGUAGCUGCGUUGAAGCUCGGAAGCGACGCGAGCUCCAUCCUCACCACCAACACUUCAGCCCCCCGAAAGGGGCCAUCCGACGCAGCCUCGAUCUACAGCUCGAUCCCGACCGACUUCUCUGUCGAAGCUACGAGGAAGGCCAUGUUUGGCGCGGGCAAGCUUCCGGACUACAAAUCGCUCGAGGCUCAGCUCAACGCGUCUUCUCCUGUCACCGGUGUUGAGAGCGAAGAGAAGCGCGCUGGCCUGGGCUUCGUCUUUUGCCCGACUCACGACCCUCGGUCUCGUCAGCCAGCCUACCAGCGCGCACCAGAGGUGACGGUCGAGCCCAACUUCUCCCGCAGACUCGAACGACCGCCUGACUUCGCCCACUCGACCGUUCGCCGUGCUGCCCUCCGUUCGGCACUGGCCGCGCUUGAGUUCAACAAAUGGGAGUCGGAGGGCUUCGAUAAGAUCGUCAUCGCGACCCACCACGGCUGGCUGGUCGACGGCAUCAGCCGAUGGAUCUGGGAAUGGCGCCACAACAAGUGGCGCAUCAUGGCCGAGUCUCCACUGGGCAUGAUCGGCGAGCAGGUGCCCGACAGGGACCUGUGGGAGCUUCUCGAUAAAGUCGUGAAGGGAUACGAGGAUAUCGACUGCACGGUGCGCUUUUGGAAGAUCAGCAAGGAGCAGAAUGCUCAGGCGGUCAUGUUGGCACAGGAGGGCGCGUGCAAGGACAACCAGCAACCGGGGACAGUGAGGUGGACCAAGAAGAAAGUUCCUGCCAGCACAUGA